GGAAAGCAAGGGACGCCGAAGAGGUGAAGAAAAGGAAGUGGAAUAAUUCGGGGCCACCCGAUCAUUCUCGAAGGAACAACCACGGGGGUGGUGGUGGUGGCGGUGGCUCAUUCAAGGCGCCGGCUCCACCGGCAAAGAAGAAUAGGGAUGCGAGGUGGCACGGACCUAGGCCACAGAACUCGGGGCCACCUAGAUGUCCCAAUUGCUCAAAACAACACUUUGGGAGGUGCAAUGAACCACCGAGGUGUUUUAAGUGCGGGAAUGCGGGCCAUAUGAAGGCCAAUUGCCCUCAAUUGAUGCAAGAGAGUGCCUCGGGAGCCGGGGGAGGGACCAUGACGGGAAGAAACCGUGCGGGACCGUCAAACGGCGGUACGGGAAGAGGCGGUGCAUCCACAAGCCAUGCCGCAUCCGUCAACCAAGGUGGGACCCAAGCACGAGUCUACGCGAUGACCGAGGCGAAUGCGCGAGCAAACCCGGACUCCGUUGCAGGAACAUUAAAGAUCAAUGGUAGGUGUGCGAGGAUCCUCAUCGAUACCGGGGCACAACGCUCAUUUGUGAGUGAGGCGUUUGCUGAGGGGCUCGACGUGCCAUUGACGCCUAUGACACAAACAUUGCUAGUCUCCACACCGUUAGGAGACGACGUGGAGAGAAAUCAUUACUAUCCAUCAUGUGAGGUGGAAGUGACGGGUCAACCCUUGACUUGUGAUUUCGUACCUCUGAGCAUGUUGGAGUUCGAUGCAAUUCUAGGAAUGGAUUGGCUUGAGAAGCACCAUGCUCGAGUAGAUUGCUACACCAAGGUGUUGGAGCUCGAGGAUGAUCUUGGAAACACGCUAUGUUUCGAAGGAGAUCGGGGGAAAUCUAAUGCUUGCAUCAUAUCCGUGAUGAGGGCAAGGAAGAUGAUGAGGAAGGGAUGCCACGCAUACCUUGCCUACGUGGUGGACGAUACCAAGAAGGAAGUCGACAUCAAAGAUGUACGGGUCGUAUGCACAUACCCGGAUGUCUUUCCCAAAGACCUACCGGGGCUUCCACCCGAUAGAGAGAUAGAGUUUGUAAUUGAAGUGGAGCCGGGAACCAAACCCAUUUCGAUUCCUCCUUAUCGAAUGGCGCCGGCCGAACUCCAAGAAUUGAAGGUCCAACUACAAGAAUUACUGGACAACGGGUUCAUCAGACCCAGUCAUUCACCGUGGGGAGCACCCGUACUCUUCGUAAAGAAGAAAGAUGGUACACUAAGAAUGUGUAUCGACUACCGACAGUUGAACAAGGUCACCAUCAAGAACAGGUAUCCUUUACCUAGGAUUGAUGACUUGUUUGAUCAACUUCGAGGGGCCAUAGUAUUCUCAAAGAUUGACUUGAG